AUGUUACAUUGUAAUGUAUUUAUCCAGCACAUACAUUCAUUAUUUCAUACAAUAAAUCACUUAAAUUCUACAAAUACUCUUAAUUUAACAAAAAGGUUAAUCGCUUUUCGCCCCUUUCACUCAUCAGAUUACACUAUCUUUUCUAAUUUAUGGCUACAACGUCACAAGUUGGAGGAAUCUGAACUAUCUGAUUUACUUGAUAAUACUGCAUCAAAUGACAAUUUGAUGCCACAAACACUACAUCUUCUAUCUGUAGCCCACAAAUUUGAUUCGGAUAAACUCAAACCUCAGCCGCAAGAAUCUAGGGUUCUUGAUAUACUUGAAAAUUUCGACCCUAAAAAAUUUUCUAUGUGUUAUCUAUCUCAUUCACUGUAUUUCCUUGCCGAAAGAGGGGUGUGUAUAUCAGAAAGUUUGCAUGCCAAGUUCAGUAACUAUGCCAAUAAUUCUUCAAGGGUUGCGGUCGCAUUGGCGCUCAUCAAGUUGACCAACGACCUCACUAACUCUAUCACCCCAAAUGUUUCUGACAUAUCUGACAAUUUGUAUAAUAAUGAAAUACAAUUAAAUGUGACGGAUUUAGCGUACCUAAACGUGAUAUCUAUUGUCUGCCUUAAUAAUUCCGCUCUGAAUGCUGUCUUACCAGCCCAAAUGAAAUUGGAUGCAAAUUCCACUAGUUUCCUAAAACAUGUUGUUUUAGCACACAAAUUUCCUCUUAUUCCUCCUUCCGACCAGCAAAUCACUCGAGAGCGUCACGAGGCUAAGGAAGCAGGGAUUGUAUCUGAGUCCCUACAAAUUGGAGCAUUUUACUACACUCUGGUUAAUGUGAAGUUGAAGGAAAUUUAUGUGAGGAGGCAGCCGAACGAUUAUUUAGACACGGAGUGUGAGAGGUUACGGCCCUUUGUGUUGUGGAAAGAGGCGUAUGCCAAAUCUAAUGGGUUCAAAUUGGUUCAAUAUUAG